UUCCCAUACCACCCUCGACGGAUCGAUGGUGACUCCUUCGCCCCCCGUUGCACGGCGCUAAUGUCGCCUAAGCGCCGCUCAGUCUGAACUCAGGGUUCACUCAGUCUACGAACGUUUGCCACGAGACUUCGAUCUCUCGCCGCAUCGCACGUAAACGCUAUCUCUAUCUCUCUCCUUCUCUCUUUCUGUUCACCCGCCUGUAUAUCUCUCUCCGCUUUUCUCCUUUUCCCCGCUUGGCAGAGAGAGGCAGGUAGGCCAAGCGGUGAUCGGGGAGGCGUGCGUAGUAACCGUCCACGUCAACGGAAGUCUUGCCCGCGUGCUUUCGGUUACUUUCGGCCCCGUAUAGACGGUCCCGUGCAACCCCCGCUGCUUCGUCCGCUUCGACCGGCUGCGGAUCUACCUGCGGCGCAACGAGAGAGAUUGCGACUUCGAUAGCGGUGCGAUAACUACAAAGUACCAAGAUGGCUGCAUUCGUGGCGAAGCAGAUGGUCGGAAACAAGCUCAAUGCGGUUAAAGGAGCAGUAGGAGGAGAAGGCGGUGACGAGGAUGACAAGGAGAAGGAAGAAGAAGCCGAGAGAGAGAGGCAGGAGGCUAUUAGAGAGGCUGAGGAGCGAAGAAAGGAGAAACAUCGUAAAAUGGAAGAAGAACGGGAGAAGAUGCGACAAGAGAUCAGAGACAAGUAUAACAUAAAAAAGCGGGAAGAGGUACAGGAGAUGCCACAAGAAGAGCCUAAUCCUCUGAUGCGAAAGAAGAAAACGCCGGAAGAACUAGCGGCGGAGGCCGAGGCCGAGGAUGAAGACGAAUUCACCAAAUUGAGAAAUACGAUAGAAACACAGGUGAACGAGCUCAAAUCGCAAAUCGAAAGUAAGUGUAGCCUCCAAUGAGCCUAUCAUAUCGCGCGGUUUGCGAGAAAGAUGACGACGAUGCCGUACGUCGUCGUCGGAAUCGCGUCCGUCUGUCAUCCCCUGCUGCCCAAAGGAAUAAAAAAGAGAGUGAUAACAAAAAAUAUGCAGCGAGAAAGAGAAACGAUAUGCGGAGUAGUCAUCAGCAUUGGGCACAUCGCCGUGUCGACCAAUCGUAAAUUGAUUCCAGAUCCAGCAAUCGAUUAAUCGAGUAGUAGUUUAAAGCAAAAUGAACGAGGACGAUUCAUUUCCCACGGAUUUUCAGGAGAUUCCUAAAGGAUUUUUCAUGGCCGUCAUGUUUGGAUGCUACUUUAGAAAUCGGAAGUGAUUCUUUUGAGAAUUCGAUCUUACGUGAAAAUUGAGAUUAAAAAUAAUCGAGAGGGAGAAAAAUUAUUAUUUUCGCAGACGGAAUAAGUUUCUCUCUCACACGUAUAUAAAAAAAAAACUCAAAAGUUAUAAAAUAUUAAAAAUUUUAGUAAAUUUUUACUAAAGCUAAAAAAAAA